CAACCUACAAGUAUGGAAUCUAGUCAUAGCGGAAAGUUCCUGGAGAGUCGCUGAGGGAUUCGAUGUACAGACGCGCGUCUAUGACUGGCUCAAACAGUACACAUGUGACUUCCAUGUUCAGCGUCCACAUGGAGGCCAUGUUGAGGACUUUAAACAUUUUUUAAAUGCAACCCUCUCAGCCACAUACGAAAAUGGUUCCAUUGGUAUUCAAACUACAAAUAUAUCGAUGGAUCAAAUAUUUCCUCAAAACUGUUUAGAAAACUUGACUGUGACGAUCUACGGUGAAUAUUUUUGGCCUGAGACCUAUCCUCAAGAGACUCAGGUCAUGGGGUGCAGAAAGCCAAGUUCACAGCGAGCCUUCAGGCUAUGUAAGUUACACAUUGAAAACGACACAACCAGCUGGGCCAAUCCGGAUAUGUCAGAUUGUGAGCCGAUUGUGGGCAUUUCUGACCUUGACAAUAUCACCGUCACCACUGAUAACGCCGCUGAGGUCGUGGAUAUUAUCCAAGACCUAAUAAACACGACGCUGGGCAACAGCACACAGAUUCCACCCGCUGAGCUCAAAACGGUGGUAGAGAAACUCAACCAGGUCGUAAAUGUAACCACCGUUACGCCGGCGCUCGGCAGCAACAUCGUUCAAGUUUUCUCAGAUAUCUUGAUUUCUGACACGGACAUGGCUCCAGUGGCUGACAGCAUACUAAACCUUACUGAUACAAUGGGGAACACUAUGGAUUUACUUGGUGAAUCGUUAAGUCUGACGGCUCCUUCCUUGGCUCUGUCCAUGGUCAACGUGGACUCCAAGGAAUUCAACGGAUUAACAUUCAGUGCGGACUCUGUCUCUUCAUCCCAAAGGCCAAAUGUAUCUAUCAACCAGAGUUUCGAAGGAAAACCAAUCCCAGGGUCAAAUGCAACCAUAUCUCUUCCCUCUUCACUCCAUAGCUUCCUUCCGCCUGGACAGCAGAACAAAACCCGGGUUCAGUUUCAGUUCUAUGGAACACAAGAUCUUUUCCAGGACCCCAAAACAUCCAACGCAACAACACUGAACUCUUACAUCGUGUCGGCGACCAUUAAUGGCAGCCACGUUAACAACCUGGCUAACGGUGAGCGGGUGGUGAUUACGCUCCGUCAUCUCAAAGCAAAGCAGUCAAACCACGAGGUGCUGUGUGUGUUCUGGGAUUUCCAAGAAAACGGUGGGCGGGGCGGAUGGAGUGACAUGGGUUGUGAAACCCAAAGUCUUUUGCCUGACCAGACUAGGUGUCUGUGUGAGCACCUCACACAUUUCGCUGUGUUGCUGGAUGUGUCGAGAACUCCCAUCAGUGAGGCGGACAGUCAGAUGUUGACCGUCAUUUCAUACGUUGGUUGCGGUCUAUCCUCCAUCUUCCUGGGGAUCACGCUCCUCACCUACCUCGCUUUUGCAAAGCUCCGCCGGGACUAUCCAUCAAAAAUCCUCAUCAACCUGUCGGUGGCCUUGCUAGGACUGAACAUGCUUUUCCUGGUGGACUCGUGGCUGGCGUCAUUUUCCAAUUACAGCUUGUGCAUUGUCACCGCUGUCGCGCUGCACUAUUUCCUACUGGCCUCUUUUACCUGGAUGGCCCUGGAAGCCAUCCAUAUGUACUUUGCCCUGGUCAAGGUCUUCAACACAUAUGUGCCUGCUUACAUCCUCAAGUUCUGUGCUAUCGGAUGGGGUGUUCCUCUAGUUGUCGUCAGCUUGGUUCUGCUCAUAGAUAAAGACGCUUACGGCAACACUAUAGCAUCAGCAGCUGCGUCAGAGAUCCAUUCUGCUGACCAAUUCUGCUGGCUGCAGGAUAACGCAGUCUUCUACGCAACAGUGGUGGCGUUGGUCCUACUGGUCCUGUUGGUCAACAUGUCUAUGUUCGUGGUAGUUCUACUUCAGAUUCGCAAGAUGGGCGCCAACAAAAAGGCGGCAAACAACAGUCGUGGCACCCUGCAGAAUCUGAGAGCAGUGGCCAGUCUCACCGUUCUGCUUGGCCUCACCUGGCUGACAGGCUUCUUUUCUUUUGGACCUGGGAGAGUGGUCCUCAUGUACCUCUUCACCAUUUUCAACACUUUGCAAGGCUUUUUCGUCUUCCUUUUCCAUUGUCUGAUGAAAGAAAACGUCAGGAAACAAUGGAGGAUGCAAUUUUGUUGUGGUGCACCAAAAUCCAGCGACUGUUCAGGGUUCAGCAAGACAACAAGCAGUCUACGCAAAAAGGAGCAUCGAGUGAACUCUUCCGUCAACACCUCGACGCUCAGUAAUGCUUUGGAAUCUGACGCCGAACUGAAAACUGGAAGGGGGCAUAAGCGUGCCUCCCAUAUGCCUUGA